AUGCCCAGUGGAGAAGCGAAACUCAAGACCACACCGCUGGAUCCGCGGUUUCCUAACCAGAACCAAGCACAACAUUGCUGGACACGCUACAAUGAGUUUGUCUUGUGUCUCAAAAGCAAUGAUGGAGAUGAAGAUGCUUGUCACAAGUACCUUCAGUACGCCGCUUCGGUUUGUCCGAGUUCAUGGAUGGACCGCUGGAACGAGCAACGUGAGGAAGGAACGUUUCAGGGUGUACAGUAUGCCAAGGAGGAAUAA